AUGGCGUGCUUGCAACAGACGGUGACAACGGCGACCGCCUCGACAGCUGCGGCGGCGGCUGCGGCGGCGCAGGGGAACCCGACAAAUAGCAAGACAUCGAUGCGGCUAGCUGACGCCUCCGAUCCUGAGCGCGACAGCAUGGAAUACCAAGACGCCGAUACACCGGAGCAAGGUAGCCAACGCGGCCCCCGAGCGUCCAUGCAAAAACGAUCAAGAAACCCAGCCGGUGACGAGGACGGCUGGCAAACAGUGCUAACGCUACGCCAGAAGAAAGCCUUGGCGCAGGGCAAGAAACUGAAGAAAAAUGUCGAAGAAAGCAAAGGAGACAAGGAAUGUAAGAGAAGACUAAAGCCCCAAGCACAUCCCCGUGCCUCCAUCAAAACACGUAGUAAGAACCCUUGGAAAGACACACCCAAGCAGCCACCACCAGGACCAAGAUGGCUCAGCUCGGAUGACUCGGAGGACGAAGAGGAAGAAUGGCCUUCGCUACACAGAGAACACAAGACAAAAGCCAGAGGUGAAUCACGAUCGAGAUCCCGCACCAGAACAUCAAAUCCAGCCAACCCAAAGAGGUCCAAGAAGGCAUCACGCUCCCAGUCCCGGUCAAGAUCGAGCACAGGAGACGAGGAUAUAGAUAUCCCCCGCCCAAAACCCCCCUACCCGCAGCUCAACCCUAAGCCCAGGGCUCCAGUGAACAAGUCGAAGAACACAGAUCACACAAAGGCUGGCGAGUCGGUUAUACCCAGGCGGAAGCUCCGGGCGGCUGUGCAGCAGCAGCCAAUCCGUAGGCGUAGCAGGAGGGAUCUCUCCCUCCUUGUCAGUCCCCGAUCCGGGAGCCGUGUCGGGGGAUUCCGCCUCGCCACGCGUGCGUCGGGGUGA